GAAGCUGAAGCAGUGAAGAAGUGAAGAAUCACGACAGAACACCACAUUGCGCCGCGCCAUGGAGGAUUGUAAGACGCUCAAGUUGCUGUUUCUCAGCUUGGCUUUGCUGUGCGCCAGCUGUGCUGCGGUGAGCGGAAGCGGGUGCUGCCAAUGUACUCGCAACUGCGGCCAGUGUACGCCGUGUGAGAACGAAGAGUAUAACUACUUUCUGUUUGUUGUCCAGUGGCCUGCCACCUUCUGCUUGAAGCCGGGCUCUUGCUGCGAUGGAAGCCUCACCGCGUCCAACUUCACGAUCCAUGGGCUGUGGCCGGAGAAGAGCAAGAACUGCUACCCAUACUGUUGUGGCACAGAGCCAUUCCGUCCGUCGGAGGUCAGCGGUUUGCUCCCCGAGCUGAAGACCUACUGGCCGUCUCUUGCCUGCCAUGGCACCGACGACUCUUUCCAUGCACACGAGUGGAUCAAGCACGGCACCUGCUCGUUGGCCUCCCUGCCAGACCCCGGUACGGGGACGCCCGUCCGAGAAUACUUCCAGCGCACGCUGCAGCUCCGCAAGAGCCUCCCGCUUCUGAGCAUACUCGAGCAAGCUGAGAUCUACCCCUCCAACACCGCAUCGUAUCCCCUUACGAAGCUCACGCACGCGAUCAAGACGGCAGUCGGAACGUUUCCCGACGUGCAGUGCACGGGAGCAAACAUCAACGAGGUCCACUUCUGCCUAGCAAAGGACCUUAAGACCUUCAUUGAUUGUCCCACGACGUUGAGCACGCCUGAGGAGUCGCAGCACUGGAUGAAGGAUCUGUCCAGAAGGCGUCACCGUAAGAAGCCCCAUCCUGUCCCCCACGGUGCUUGUCCCGCCCAGGUCAAGCUGCCGGUGCUCCAUUCGAGCAGUGAUGUGCAGUAGGUAUAAAGAAGCUUCAUAAGUGACAUUUGAAGCCCGUCGAAAUGAGGUUCAACUUUGAGAGAGAUUGUGACUCGAGACUUUGCCAAUUACUGGGUGAACCUAACAAGGUACCGGACAUUCAGUUGAGGUAUGUGUCGUUGCAAUGAGUGUAGCUAGACAUGUUCACUUAUUUUGAGUUUUCAUUUAUUUGCCUUCUUUGAUAGCCGCCCUGACUCAAGAUCGUAUUGGAUGCGACCGCAAGGCUGCAUGCAGACGCUGUAGUUUCCAACAUAUGCAGAACCUGCCGCU